GGAGGGUGGGGGGAAGGUCUUAAAGUGCCCACUAUGUGUUAGGACUCGAGAAAGAGGAGGCGGGCGGCAGGCAUGGAAGCUGAGGGGAUAGUAGAGAGAAGCUGAGAGGACAGCCGCAGGAAAGAUUUGGAUGAGAUGUCAGGACGCUGGCUUUUCUGCCUGGGGAUCUAGGCUGCUUGGAUUCCCAAGGUCUUGGGAAGGGUCUAGCCCUGCAUGUGGCCACAUUCAGCUGGGGCCAGGCCUUGGGCCAGCACUUUAAUAGGGAAGGACCCAAGAGUCAUGGCCUGGUGGUGUCUGGAUGGGAUUCCCCCAGGCCUUGCUGAGCCAUGGAGAGAACUCUGGAGAUGGCGCUCAAGACCCCUGCACUGUGUACCUCCUUUCUCACCUCUGGCCAGGGGCAGCAGGGACCAUAGAAACUUAAGGAGGAGGGGGCUUUCUCUUUGGAAGGUGGCCUGAAAAUUGAAUUGGAGUGUCUUUGUUUCUCCUAUUGUCCAGGGGAACAUAGAUGGCUGGAGACAGAAUCUAGAGCCUUCAAAUAAUGUGGAGAUGUUUCCACCUUCAGGUUCCACUGGGCUGAUUCCUCCCUCCCAUUUUCAAGCUCGGCCCCUUUCAACUCUGCCGAGAAUGGCUCCCACCUGGCUCUCAGACAUUCCCCUGGUCCAACCCCCAGGCCAUCAAGAUGUCUCAGAGAGGCGACUAGACACCCAGAGACCUCAAGUGACCAUGUGGAAACAGGAUGUUUCCAGUGACAGGCAGGAGCCAGGGCGGAGAGGCAGGUCCUGGGAGCUGGAGGGGUCACAGGCCCUGAGCCAGCAGGCUGAGGUGAUCGCUCGGCAGUUGCAAGAACUGCGGCGGCUGGAGGAGGAGGUCCGGCUCCUGCGGGAGACCUCACUGCAGCAGAAGAUGAGGCUAGAGGCCCAGGCCAUGGAGCUGGAGGCCCUGGCACAGGCAGAGAAGGCCGGCCGAGCUGAGGCUGAGGGCCUGCGUGCUGCUUUGGCUGGGGCUGAGGUCGUCCGGAAGAACUUGGAAGAGGGGAGCCAGCGCGAGCUGGAAGAGGUUCAGAGGCUGCACCAAGAGCAGCUGUCCUCUUUGACACAGGCUCACCAGGAGGCUCUUUCCAGUUUGACCAGCAAGGCCGAGGGCUUGGAGCAGUCUUUGAGUAGUCUGGAAACCAGGAGAGCAGGGGAAGCCAAGGAGCUGGCCGAGGCUCAGAGGGAGGCCGAGCUGCUUCGGAAGCAGCUGAGCAAGACCCAGGAAGACUUGGAGGCUCAGGUGACCCUGGUUGAGAAUCUAAGAAAAUAUGUUGGGGAACAAGUCCCUCCUGAGGUCCACAGCCAGACAUGGGAACUGGAGCGACAGAAGUUUCUGGAAAACAUGCAGCACUUGCAGGAGGACCGGGAUGGCCUGCACGCCACUGUGGAGCUGCUGCAGGUGCGGGUGCAGAGCCUCACGCACAUCCUCGCCCUGCAGGAGGAGGAGCUGACCAGGAAGGUUCAACCUUCAGAUUCACUGGAGCCUGAGUUUACCAGGAAGUGCCAGUCCCUGCUGAACCGCUGGCGGGAGAAGGUGUUUGCCCUCAUGGUGCAGCUAAAGGCCCAGGAGCUGGAACACAGCGACUCUGUUAAGCAGCUGAAGGGACAGGUGACCUCACUCCAGGAACAAGUAACAGCCCAGAGCCAGGAGCAGGCCAUUCUGCAUCGAUCCCUGCAGGACAAAGCCGCAGAGGUGGAGGUGGAGCGGAUGGGUUCCAGGGGCCUGCAGUUGGAGCUGAGCCGUGCUCAGGAGGCCAGGCGCCGGUGGCAGCAGCAGACAACCUCAGCCGAGGAGCAGUUGAGGCUUGUGGUCAAUGCCGUCAGCAGCUCUCAGAUCUGGCUCGAGAGCACCAUGGCUAAGGUGGAAGAGGCUGCCGCCCGGCUUCCCAGCCUCAACAACCGACUCAGCUAUGCUGUCCGCAAGGUCCACACCAUUCGGGGCCUGACUGCUCGAAAGCUUGCCCUUGCUCAGCUGCGCCAGGAGAGCUGUCCCCUACCACCACCAGUCACAGACGUAAGCCUUGAGUUGCAGCAGCUGCGGGAAGAACGGAACCGCCUGGAUGCAGAACUGCAGCUGAGUGCCCGCCUCAUUCAGCAGGAGGUGGGCCGGGCUCGGGAACAAGGGGAGGCAGAGCGGCAGCAGCUGAGCAAGGUGGCCCAGCAGCUGGAGCAGGAGCUGCAGCAGACCCAGGAGUCCCUGGCUAGCUUGGGGCUGCAGCUGGAGGUGGCACGCCAGGGCCAGCAGGAGAGCACAGAGGAGGCUGCCAGUCUGCGGCAGGAGCUGACCCAGCAGCAGGACCUCUACAGGCAAGCCCUGCAAGAGAAGGUGGCUGAAGUGGAAACUCGGCUGCGGGAGCAACUGUCAGACACAGAGAGGAGGCUGAACGAGGCUCGGAGGGAGCAUGCCAAGGCCGUGGUCUCCUUGCGCCAGAUUCAGCGCAGAGCCGCCCAGGAAAAGGAGCGGAGCCAGGAACUCAGGCGUCUGCAGGAGGAGGCCCGGAAGGAGGAGGGGCAGCGACUGGCCCGGCGCUUGCAGGAGCUGGAGAGGGAUAAGAACCUCAUGCUGGCCACCUUGCAGCAGGAGGGUCUCCUCUCCCGUUACAAGCAGCAGCGACUGUUGGCAGUUCUUCCUUCCCUACUGGAUAAGAAGAAAUCUGUGGUGUCCAGCCCCAGGCCUCCAGAGUGUUCAGCAUCCGUACCUGUAACAGCAGCAGUACCCACCAGGGAAUCCAUAAAAGGGUCCCUCUCUGUCCUGCUCGAUGACCUGCAGGGCUUGAGCGAAGCCAUUUCCAAAGAGGAAGCUGUUUGUCAAGGAGACAACCUUGACAGAUGCUCCAGCUCCAAUCCCCAGAUGAGCAGCUAAGCAGCUGAGAGCCCAGGGAAAGCCAGCCUGGGGGCUGGGAGGAUCCUGGAGAAGUGGGUGGGGACAGACAAGCCCUUCCCCCUCCCGGGGUCACCCUGGGGAACACCGGCUGAGUCUAAAUUCUGCUCUAAAUAAAGACGACUACAGUAGGA